AUGACUCUCAAAUAUCUCAUCACAGGAGCAACCGGUGGCCUUGGGUCACGAGUACUCUCUCACCUUCUCGCAAAUGUACCUGUUUCAGAGGUUGUAGCAGCAUCUUCGAAAGAUGCGAACCGAAAACAGUUUGAAGACCGAGGAAUUGCUUUUCGGGUGGUCAACUAUGAGGACCCUCGUUCGCUAGAAGCUGCAUUUGAAGACGUGGAGAACCUGCUCUUUGUGAGCACUAAUACCUUUGAUGUCGAGAAGCGCCGCAACCAGCACCAGAACUUCGUGGAUGCAGCGAAGAAGAUGAAUGUCAAACAUGUAUGGUACACAUCUCUCGCAUUCGGCGGAUAUGAUUCAGAUUCCAAGGCGGACGUCCAACAAGCCCAUCUAUUGACAGAGGAAAUGAUGAGACAGGCCGGUAUCAACUUUACCUCUGUUCGCGAGGGUUUAUACACCGAAGCCUUUCCAGUGUUUAUGGGUUGGUAUCCCAACACCUCAACUGUCUACCUCCCGUCCGACGGUCCAGUAGCAUUCACCUUGCGAUCAGAGCUAGGCGAGGCCACAGCGCGAUUGAUGAUGCGUGGAGGACAUGACCGGAAGAUCGUACUCCUCACCGCACAGCAGACCAUCACAUUCUCCGAAAUUGUCGACGUGAUCAAUGAGACGACAGGCCGACAGGUUCAAUUCAAGCUUGUGUCCCCGGAGGAGUUCGUCGCUUUGAAAGCAGCGACCGACGAGGGAGGCAAGUCGGAAGGAUUCUUCAAAGCCUUGACAUCUUGGUACGAUGCGAUUUCGAAGGGGGAGACGUGUACGAUUGAUCCUCUGAUGGCGGAAUUGCUAGGUCGGGAUCCCGUGGCGCCACGGGAUGCUAUACGGGACCUGAUGAAGGAUCGAGACUAUGAGUGGCAUCAGAACUAUGUCAAUCGGAAUUAG